AUGACCCCACCGGCGAGUGUUAGGGUUUUCUCGUCUACACCGAGUUCUCCCAAGAAUACCAGCAAUACAAGUGCAGAUUUGAACAAAGGUAUCACUGGACCUGUGUUGGAAACAAUCGCAGAAGAGAAGUUAGACAAAGGGGAGGCUGAACCACCAAAGCCUUGGGUGGAUGUCAUUAAAGGAAACCGACUGGCUUCGAAUGGGAGUAUGAUUGAAUAUACGGCACCAAUGCUUGUUAAUGGGGAGCUGGAGGUACAUAUUGAGGAGCAAGAUGUUGUCUCUGAGAAACAAUUUUGGAGGGAUGCACUCAUUAUGUAUGCAAUACGUGAGGAGUUACCUAUGAACGUAGUCAGAAAAUUUAUGAAUACGACAUGGAAUUUUGUAUCGAUGCCGGAUCUUUACUACAAUGAAGAAGGAUAUUUUAUCAUUCGGUUCAGGAGUAGUGAGGAUAAGACAGCAGUGCUUAUGCGAGGACCAUACACACUAUACAAGAAGCCUAUCUUGCUCCACGAGUGGAACCCCAAAUUCACCUUACACGAUGAUGUUCUCAGGGUUUUGCCUAUUUGGGUGAUGUUUCCCCAAUUGCCUCUGGUGUACUGGGGAGAAAGAAGCAUAGGGAAGAUAGCAAGUGCCAUUGGGAAACCACUUAUGACUGAUGAGUGUACAGCAAAGAAACUCAGGGUUUCUUAUGCUAGAGUCCUUAUUGAGGUAGAUGUCACCAAAGAACUCAAGAACCACAUCACCAUAAGGGACCCUACGGGGGAAAAGCUGAUGCAACAAGUGGAUUAUGAGUGGAAACCGCCAUUCUGUACUCAAUGCAACAAGGUUGAUCAUGUGUGCAAGCAGAAAAUUGAGAAACAGAAGCAAGUGUAUGUUCAGAAACAAGUUGUCAACAAUCCAACUUCUAAGGAAGCUACCCAAGCCAUGACCCAAGAUAAUAAGAUAACUACUGAGGAAGAGAAAGAGGAGCCUUGGAUCCCAGCUAGAACUGCAAGCAAGAACAGGGGCAAAGAACCAGUUAUACAAACAGAAGUUAAUUGCACUAAUGGUUUUGAUCCAUUGAACCAAGGUGAGUGUUCCACACCAUUCCCUAUACCAUGA